GUCUGGUGAGGGGUGGAGAGGAAGAAGAAGAAGAGAAGAAGAAGAAGUGACUUAUGGGAUGCGAAGUAGCCGGGCGGCUGAGUGGGUGACAUCUACAGGAACCAGCUGAAGGAAGAGCGGGAAAUAAAGGGUGGUGUAAUAAAUUAACUGGUUAUACGGUUCAUUUGGGGCGCAACGUGCAGGUUUGUGCACACCGCCAUCGGAUCCUGAGCGGAAGAAAAAGUUCAGAUCCCACGGAUCAGCGCGUGGGAGUGGGGAGCAGGUUCGAGCUCCGCUGCGUGUCUCGUCAUGGCAGGACCCGGAGGCGACAUGCAGUGGUGCUUCUCCCAGGUGAAGGGAGCCAUUGACGACGACGUAGCUGAAGCCGACAUCAUAUCAACGGUUGAGUUCAACCACACGGGGGAGCUGCUCGCCACCGGAGACAAGGGCGGCCGCGUCGUCAUCUUCCAGCAGGAAGUAGAAAACAAGAACCUGCCCCAGUUCAGGAGCGAGUACAACGUCUACAGCACCUUCCAGAGCCACGAGCCCGAGUUCGACUACCUGAAGAGUUUAGAAAUCGAGGAGAAAAUCAACAAGAUCCGCUGGCUUCCCCAGAAGAACGCCGCUCAGUUCCUGUUGUCCACCAACGAUAAAACUAUAAAAUUGUGGAAAAUAAGUGAAAGAGACAAGCGACCAGAAGGCUACAACCUGAAAGAGGAAGAUGGCCGAUACAGAGAUCCCAACACGAUCACGGCACUGCGGGUCCCGGUAUUAAUCCCCAUGGACCUGAUGGUGGAGGCCAGCCCUCGCCGGGUGUUCUCCAACGCUCACACCUACCACAUCAACUCCGUCUCGGUCAACAGCGACGACGAGACCUACCUGUCUGCGGAUGACCUGCGCAUCAACCUGUGGAACCUGGAGAUCACCGACCGCAGCUUCAACAUCGUUGACAUCAAGCCGGCCAACAUGGAGGAGCUGACCGAGGUGAUAACGGCGGCGGAGUUUCAUCCUCACCAGUGCAACACCUUCGUCUACAGCAGCAGCAAAGGGACAAUCCGCCUCUGCGACAUGCGGGCGUCGGCUCUCUGCGACAAGCACUCCAAGCUGUUUGAGGAGCCAGAAAACCCCAGCAACCGCUCCUUCUUCUCAGAGAUCAUAUCGUCCAUCUCAGACGUCAAGUUCAGUCACAACGGACGCUACCUGAUGACCAGAGACUAUUUAUCUGUGAAGAUCUGGGACCUGAACAUGGAAAACCGGCCGGUGGAGACGUACCAGGUUCAUGAAUAUCUGAGGAACAAGCUUUGCUCGCUCUACGAAAACGACUGCAUCUUCGACAAGUUCGAGUGCUGCUGGAACGGAAACGACAGCGUGGUGAUGACCGGCUCCUACAACAACUUCUUCCGGAUGUUCGAGCGCGGCCAGCGGCGGGACGCCACGCUGGAGGCGUCGCGGGAGAACAGCAAGCCGCUGCAGGUCCUCAAGCCGCGGAAGGUCUGCACGGGCGGCAAACGCAAGAAGGACGAGAUCAGCGUGGACAGUUUGGACUUCAACAAGAAAAUCCUCCACACCGCCUGGCAUCCGCAGGACAACAUCAUUGCCGUGGCAACCACAAACAACCUCUACAUAUUCCAGGAUAAAGUGAACUAACGGAGAUGGAGGCCAGAGGGAGGGGAGUUUAACCUGCAGGAUCGUCUGGAAGGAGCUCCGUGACCCCUGCGUGACCUUUUUGUGGACGGGAGUCUCCAGUCGUCCGCUGCCUUGUUAAAGUCGUGCCAAUGUUUUUCCUUUCGCCUGCCGACCCGACCUUUACGUCUCAUCCCGUCGUUUCUUCAGACUUUGACUAGACUUUUUUUUUAAUAAACGGUCCCUCUGAUUCUUUCUCUGGUAGAAUUAAAACAGGUUUUUUUUUCUUCUGUCUCUCAUGACGUUGUGGUGUUUACAUUUCUAAAAGAAAUCACAUUUUUACUCAUUUCCUUCAUGAUUUUAAAAUCACAGGUUGUCCAUGACUGAGCUACGACGGAGAAUUAGGAUCAUAAGAAAAAAAGGAAAAUAAAGAAUUAAAUUACAAGAAUAAACUCAAACGAGAACAAAGCUGCAGUAAUAUAUGAAUAAAGUCGUAAUAAUACGAGAAUUGUUGUAAUGUUACAACCUUAUCCUUGUAAUACAAUAUUAUUUUGACAUUAUUUUUGUAAUGUAAUUCUCGUAGUAGUGCGACUUUAAUCUUAUCACGACUAUUCUCGCGCUCAUACGACUAUUUUUGCGUUAAUACGACUUUAUUCUCGCGUUAUUAUGACUUUAUUCUUGCGUUAAUACAACUUUAUUCUCGUGUUAUUACGACUUUAUUCUCUUGUUAUUACGACUUUAGUCUCACGUUAAUAAGACUUUUAUUCUCGCGUUAAUACGACUUUAUUCUUGAGUUAUUACGACUUUAGUGGUAUGACUAUUCUGGCGUUAAUACAACUUCAUUCUCGAGUUAUUACGACUAAUCUAGUGGUAUUAUGACUUUAUUCUUUUGUUAUUACAACUUGUAUUAUUUUGACUAUAUUUCUAUAUUUCAAUUUUUUUAUAAUAUGAAUUUAUUCUCAUAUUACAACUUUGUUCUCACGAAACUAUGACUUUAUUCUUGUAUUUUACGAGCUUAUUCUAGUCUUAUAGAGACUUUAUUCUUUAUAUAUUAUGACUUUCUUGUUAUUCGACUAUACUCGUGAUACUGUGCUAUAUCCUUGUAUUUUUUUUUUAUUUUAUAUUUUCUUGGCGUGUCCCUAAUUCUCCGUCGUACUCUCCCAAACUCCAGAAGUUAUUCUUUUAUCUCCCUUCAAGAUGGCCGUCUUUCUGCAUCGGAUCCUCUUCCUCUUUUUUUAUCUUUACUUUUCUGUGUGCAACAGCAGUCGGGUGAUAAAGAAAGGCUUUACAAAUAUGAUAUCGUUAAUAUUAUGAUUGUCAUAUUUAUGUGAAAUGCUGUUGAAAAUGUCGCCGGUUGUUUUCCGUCACGCUUUGUGAAACAAAGCUGGACUUUUAGCUUCUUUUUCAGAGAUCUUCAAGUUUCACACUGGACUCUUUCUGUGCACCAAUCCAGUCCUCUGGAAGUCUGCGUUGUGCGACUGCGAUUUGAAAACCGCAAAAUUAUUUGAGGCACUGAAUAACUUAUUUUAACCACUGAAAACAUUACUGUAAUUAGGAUUUUUUUUUUUCAGGACACGGAUUCCUCCAGUAAUGUGGAAUUAUAAUUUUACUCUGAUGGUGGAAGGAAAAAGAAAAAUAAAGGAAUUAUUUUGCA